CCUUACAAACCCAAAAAAUUAAAAAUUAAAAAAAAAAAAUUUAAAAAAACCAAUUUUUUUCCCCAAAAAAUAAAAUAAAAUAAAGAAAGGGAAAGCUCAGCACAACAACAAAGCAAUUUCUUUUCCUAAAAAAAUUUGCUUUUUAAAGCUCACCCAUAUAAUUCCCACUCAUUAUCUUUGUUGCUUAAAGCUCGCCUUGCUCUUCUUCCUUAUCCUCUCUCUCUUUUCAUUCCACAGCUCUACUACUCCAACACACAUCAAUUUUCUCAUAGAAAUUCCAGCCAACAUAGACUCAAAAAAAGAGAAAGACUCCCUUCUUAAUACAGUGAGUGCUUGAGAGACCCACAGAACAAAAAAAAAAAAAAAAAAAAAAUAGUGGGAAAAAAAAAUUAAAAAAAAUCCAAAGGGUACUCUCUCAUAAAAGCCAUUAUAGAAACUGAUUUUUGAUUGUUUUAUUUUCCAUGCGAUCAUGGAAGGAGGUGAUGAUCUUCACCACCACCACCAACACCACCAUCACCACCACCACCAACAUCAUCAACAACAACAACAACAACAUCAUCACCGUCCAAAUUUUCCAUUCCAAUUGCUAGAAAAGAAAGAAGAAGAAGCUUCUUGUUCAAGCCCUGUAUACCCAUCACUUGCCAUUUCCGCCGAACCAAACACCUCCAACCGCUCCAACUCUUCCUUACAAGCCACCGGCACCGACUCUGCCACCGCGGCAGAAGCUUCCAAGAAACCGCCGCCGAAGAGAACGUCAACAAAAGACCGGCAUACAAAGGUUGACGGUAGAGGUCGCCGAAUUCGAAUGCCUGCUCUAUGUGCAGCUAGGGUUUUCCAACUAACUCGAGAGCUAGGGCACAAAUCCGACGGCGAAACGAUUGAAUGGUUGCUCCAACAGGCGGAGCCCGCGGUCAUCGCAGCCACCGGAACGGGAACCAUCCCGGCGAAUUUCACUUCCCUUAACAUAUCGCUGAGAAGCUCGGGGUCAAGCAUGUCGGUGCCUUCACAGCUAAGAUCGUCUUAUUACAAUCCUAAUUUUCCUCUUCAGCAGCAUCAUCAUCAGCAGCAGCAGCAGCAAAGGAGGAGUUUCUUCUCCGGAAUCGGACUAUCGCCGUCGGACAGCACAACAUCGACGUUGCUAAGUUUUCAAUCAAAUAAUAAUAGUAGCACUAUGCAUAACCUUUUGCAAGCCAAGCAAGAAUUGAGGGAAGCAGCUGCUGUAGCUACGUCGUUGGAUUUAUCUGAAGCUGCUGAUGCUGCUACUACCGAGGAGUCUUUAGGCAGGAAACGCCGGUCGGCGGCGGCGGAUCAGGAUUUGAACCAAAUGGGUGGUUAUUUGUUGCAGCCGAGUACCGGUGCUAUUCCGGCAAGCCAUCAUGGUCAGAUUCCGGCCAAUUUUUGGAUGGUUGCUAAUUCUAAUAACCAAGUUAUGAGUGGUGACCCUGUAUGGACUUUUCCUCCUGUUAAUAACACGGGUUUGUAUAGAAGCACUAUGUCAAGUGGUUUGCAUUUUAUGAAUUUUCCAGCUCCGGUUGCGCUGCUUCCGAGUCAACAAUUGGCUUCGUCGAAUGCCGGUGGUGGUGGUGGUGGUAAUAUUAAUGAUGGACAUUUGAAUAUGCUCGCCGCGCUCAACCAGUAUCGGCCAGCAACCACGGCGGCGGGGACGGGGAUAUCGGAAUCGCAAGCUAGCGGUUCGCAUUCGCAUCACGGCGGCGGUGGUGGUGAUGGAGGAGGAGAUGAUCGGCAUGAUAGCACAAGUCAUCACUCAUGAAAAAGGAGGAAAACAAAAAAAAAAAAGGAAAGAGAAGAUCAUCAUCAUUUCCCACAUGUGUAGUAGAGUUUGAUGUGUAACACACGUGAGGUUUACUGCAUCAAUGAUUAAGAUUUUUCCAUGAGAUGGGAGUGAGAGGGGGUAAUAGGACGGUGGGGUCCAGACCUUAUCAGUUCCAGGUGUUGGCUCAGGUGGUGGGACCCAGAUGCUGGUCAUUGCCCAAACCAAUGUACAAUGUCACUGACAAACAGGUGGAUCAUUCCUCAUCUUUUUUAUGGUGCAGUUGCUGGCACCAUAGAGAGGAUCGGUGGUGGGUGUUUAUGACCCCACUAGGAGGACAUGGCCCACUCCCUCUUAUUAAUCUUAACCGUUCAUCUUUUGUGGGACCACCUUUUGAUGGGCACAUUGAAUGAUUGGGUCUCAAUAAAAGGGAGGGAGGGAGAGAAAAAAAAAAAAAAAAAUGUGAGAAUUUUGAGUUUCAAUUUUCAUUUGCUCUAAACAUGUUACUGUCUUUCCUUCUAUAUCUACGAAUGGUUUUCUAAA